AUUAUGAGUGAGAUAUGGGACUCCAGCUCUUCUGAAAACUGGACUCACAUCUGGAGUGUCAAUGACACAAAACAUGCUCUGUAUUCAGAAAUUAAUAUCACCUAUGUGAAUUAUUAUCUCCACCAGCCUCAAGUGGCAGCGGUCUUCAUUAUUUCCUACUUUCUGAUCUUCUUCUUGUGCAUGGUGGGAAACACAGUGGUUUGCUUCAUUGUAAUGAGGAACAAACACAUGCAUACAGUCACUAAUCUCUUCAUCUUGAACCUCGCAAUAAGUGAUUUACUAGUUGGCAUAUUCUGUAUGCCCAUAACACUACUGGACAAUAUAAUAGCAGGAUGGCCAUUUGGAAACACAAUGUGCAAGAUCAGUGGUUUGGUCCAGGGAAUAUCAGUUGCAGCUUCAGUCUUCACUUUAGUUGCAAUAGCAGUAGAUAGGUUCCGGUGUGUUGUUUACCCUUUUAAACCAAAGUUCACUAUCAAGACAGCAUUUGUCAUUAUUGUGAUCAUCUGGGUCCUGGCCAUCGUCAUUAUAUCUCCAUCUGCAGUAAUGUUACAUGUACAAGAAGAAAAAUAUUACCAAGUGAGAUUCAAUUCUCAGAAUAAAACCAGUCCAGUCUAUUGGUGCCGGGAAGAUUGGCCAACUCAGGACAUGAGAAAGAUCUACACCACUGUUCUCUUUGCCAAUAUCUACCUAACCCCACUGUCCCUCAUUGUUAUCAUGUAUGGAAGGAUUGGAAUUUCACUCUUCAAGACUGCAGUUCCCCACAUAGGCAAGCAGAACCAAGAGCAGUGGCACACAGUGUCCAAGAAGAAGCAGAAGGUCAUUAAGAUGCUCCUGAUUGUGGCCUUGCUUUUCAUUCUCUCCUGGCUGCCCCUUUGGACCCUGAUGAUGCUGUCAGACUAUGCUGACCUUUCUACAAAUGAACUACAUAUUAUCAACAUCUACAUCUACCCCUUUGCACACUGGCUGGCUUUUUGCAACAGCAGUGUAAACCCCUUCAUUUAUGGUUUCUUCAAUGAGAAUUUUCGCCGUGGUUUCCAAGAUGCUUUUCAGCUCCAGUUCUGCCAAAGGAGAGCAAAGCCCAAGGAAGCCUACUCCCUAAGAGCAAAAACCAAAAUGGCCAUAAACCCAUCUAAUCAGCUAGCACAGGAGCCUACAUUUCAAUACACACAUGUUGAAAACUUGCUUUAUAAGAAAAGUGCUGAAAAACCCAAACAGGAGUUAAUGAUGGAAGAACUGGAAGAUGCUUCUAAUAGAAAUGAGAUUAAAAGAGAGUUAGUGUAAUUAUUCCAAUUCUACUAUGUGUAUAUAUUGAAAUAAUGUUGUGUUUUGUGGCUUUAUGCUUCAAUUCUUUCUAUCAAUGUUGUUAUAUAUAUAUAUACUGAAAGUCCAGUCUGGAAAAAAAAAGUUAACAAAAAUGGUCUAAUGAUCAUAGCCAAUCUUUUGGUAUGUAAAAUAUAUACAGUGACUUGUAUAUAAAUUGGCCUGAAUAUAUAUAUUUUCUCGGAAAUAGUU